AUGAUCAAACUCAACAAGAGAACACAGAUUCGUGAUGCUCAUAACCAACCACCAGAUUUUCCAAAAUACACCUUCUCACUAAUCCCCAUUGAGAAACUCCUAGAUUAUGCCAAAAGUAAAGAACGUUUUUUAGAUGUUAUUGGCAGAAUCACGGGAGUUUCAAAUGCAGCGAUGGUUUCUACAAGUUCAGGGGACUCAAUGAUGCGAAGAGUAGUGCACUUACAAGAUUUAAAAGGAAGCACGAUCGAACUAUCGUUAUCAGGGAAAAGAGCCAUAGAGUUUGAUGGAGAAACUAUUCUACAAGUUGGACAAGAACACCAUGUCAUCGCCAUAUUUGUUGGUACAUUAAUGAAAACCUACAAAAAUGACUACAAGUUUCUUAGUGGCACAUCUGCUUGUCGAUGGUACAUUAACCAAAAUGAUAUUCCUGAGAUCAAAGCUUUUCAGAGAUGUUUACCAGCAGAAGCAAUUCCUAUUCAAAAAUUGUAUCUACGAGGUGCAGAUGAUACCCAACAGAAUUUUGAGAAAAGAACUAUGCUUCAGCUCAAAGAUGUCGAUCCUUUUACUGAAAGGGCCAUAAAUUACGAAUGCACAGCAACUAUUGUGGGAAUUACGGAGCAACAGACAUGGUGUUACCAAGCUUGCAAAGCUUGCAACUCUAGGAUAAAACCAUUUGGUCAAACUUAUCAAUGCACAAAACAGGAUUGUCCAUCCAUACAAUUCGAGUGGAAAUAUAAAAUACCCUACAUUGCGAGUGAUGAAACAUAUAGUCUUGAGUUCAUGUUUUUUGAAAAGAAAGGAACAGAACUGAUUGGGAAAAGUGCUGAAACUCUCCGGAAGAAGUAUAACGAGAAGGAUAUUCCACCUGAAAUUUCCUCAUGGAUUGGCCACAAGUUUAUCUUCUUGGUUAAAAUUUUACCUAACAAAAGCAUUGGCGCUGAUGAUCCUUCAUUUGAAGUUAUAAGGAUAAAGGAAAAACUUGGAAAACAAUCAAUUAUGCCAGCUUCAUCAUCGCAAGCACAAACCUUUGGAGAUAUUCAAGAUAUGGACAUUGAACAAACAACUACUGAGUCUGACAAUUCCAGCAAGCUUGAUACUCAGGACAUACAAGCUGAUAACUUGGUACGCUGA